GCUCUGCUGAUCAGACCGCAGUUGUGUUUUUUUGGGGGGGUUGGAAGUUGCUGGCGGUUUCCUYUCUCUCCCCCCGGCAGCUGGACAGUGGAAUUAUGAGCAGAGCUGACCCAGCCUCUAACACCCUGUCUUGAAGCUUAUUUGUGUUUUUUUCCCCCCUCACCGAAAAGAAGCCGAACCGACCAUGGAGACUGGAGUCCGCAUCCUUCUGGCUUUCCUCAUCCAGCACCAGAUUGCUCAUGUAGGUGGCCAAGAGGAUGGAGGCCAYGACGCCUGUCUGCCUGGCUUUCAGGUCAAAACCUACCAGCUGGUGGACAGUGGACCUUUCCAGAAAGACCAAGCACUCCUGCAAGUUAAGUUUGAUGACUGCGCGGGGAAUGAGGGGGUGACGUUUGACGUGUCAGAUCCCGGCUUCCACGUGGAYCAGGAUCUGAAUCUAGUAGCCCUGCAGGAUGAUGUGUACAGCGGGCCAGUCCUGCUCAUCCACGGGUUCAGUGCACACGCAGACGACAUGGCACAGGUGGAUGUCACUGGACUCCCACGUGAAUCAGCGCACACUCUCAGGAAUGUUCUGGGUCUUGGSCACAAGCUACCAAACAGAUCAAGGAGAUCCAUACUGGUCCCUCCGAUGAUUGUAACUGAGAACCAGAGAGCUCCUUUUCCCAGGAUCAUAGGCAAGUCUCAUGUAAUUUCACCAGAGAAGUCAGGAAACCACAUCUUCCGACUGACAGGCCCCGGCGCUGACCGGGAUCCUAAAGGCCUCUUUACCAUYGAUAUCGACACGGGAGACGUGUCGGUCAGCCGCUCACUGGACCGGGAGGCUGUCGAGUCGUACCAGCUGGAAGUUUCCACCACAGACUUUUCUGGAAACAUCAUUGAGGGACCCGCCAUACUGGUGAUCACUGUCAUUGACCAAAAUGACAACCGGCCCAUCUUCAAAGAAUCACGCUACACGGGAGAGGUGCUCGAGGGAUCUCCUACAGGAACCACAGUGAUGACGAUGACGGCGUUCGACGCAGACGACCAAGGCACAGAUAACGCUGCGCUGCGUUACAACAUCAUCAGACAGUCUCCAGACAAACCGUCACCCAACAUGUUCUACAUCGAUGCAGAAAGAGGCGACAUUGUGACCGUAAUUUCUCCUGCGCUACUCGACAGAGAGACACUCCCGACCACAACAUACGAGUUGGAGAUUGUGGCCAAGGACAUGGCAGGAAGCGAGGUGGGCCUAACAGGAACAGCAACAGCUACCAUUACUAUCACAGAUAAGAACGACCAUGCCCCUGAGUUCACAUAUCCGCUGUUUGAGACAUAUGUACACGAGGACUGGACAGGUGUCGUUGUAAACCUGACAGUAGACGACAGAGAUGAUCCUGCCACGGGGGCAUGGAGAGCUAUUUACUCGAUAAUCAGUGGAGAUCCCAAACAGAGCUUUGAGAUCCAAACCAACCCAGACAGUAAUGAAGGAAUAUUAUCAGUUGUGAAGCCUUUAGACUAUGAGGCCAUGCCGUUCUACACGCUACUCAUCAAAGUGGAAAACGAGGAUCUCCUGGUUCCCUCUGUUGGCUAUGGACCCAGCUCUACAGCCACUGUCCAUGUCACGGUUCAGGACAUCAAUGAGGGACCAGUAUUCAUGCCAGACCCCUUGAUAGUCACCAGGAUGGAAAACAUCCCUGUGGGCAGCUUUGUGGCUUCACUCAGUGCUACAGAUCCAGACAGACUGGAGCAACAGAGCAUAAGAUAUGCUGUUCUGAGAGACCCAGCAGGCUGGCUGAGUGUGAACCCGGUCAGAGGAACUGUCAACACCUCAGCCUCACUGGAUCGAGAGUCUCCUUAUGUUCAUGACAGUAAAUACACAGCUGUCUUCAUCGCAACAGAUAAUGGCACCCCUCCAGCCACGGGCACAGGCACAUUGAUCAUUCACUUGGAGGACUACAAUGACAAUGCCCCGUACGUAGUACCGUCAGUAGCACAAGUGUGUGAAGAUGCCCACGACAUGAAUGUCGCCGUAGUUGGGGGCUGGGACAAGGACCUCCCACCCAACGCGGCCCCUUUUAAGAUAGAGUUGGGGAAACAACCUGGUCUGGACAAAACGUGGAAGGUUUCCAGACUUAACUCAACACACUCACAAAUCAUGCUUCUGCACAGUCUGAAGAAAGCCAACUACCAGCUCCCAUUGCUCAUCACUGACUCRGGGGUGCCCCCCUUGUCCAACAACACAGAGGUCAAAGUUCAGGUGUGCAUCUGUACAAAAACCAGGAGGUACUGCAGCUYCGCCCACUCCCACCGCACGAGCCUACUCACGCUGUUGGCAACACUCCUGCUCGCCCUGCUCUGCCUGUAGAUUCUGCUAAAUUCUCUCAAAGCCCUUUUUGCAACACUGAAAAUCAACAACUUACCUUCCCCACACCACCCGGGCUUAGGAGAGAAGACAAAAGAAAGAAGACGCAGCAAGAAGAAAUCUUUUCUCCUCGACCAAUCAAACAAGCAAAUACACAAAAAUCCCCUCUGGCACAUUUGCUGUGUAACACCACUACGUUGUUGUCUUUUUUUCUUUUUCAAUGACUUUUCACUUAUCCUCUCUUGACUCCUCCUCUUCAUCUUUCCUUGUUACAUUUGUCCUUUUCUACCUCAGUCGUCUCUCAUCCGAGUUGUUUUUUUUUUCCUCUCUGACUUGUUUCUUGUUUUGUCCAAUCAGUUCGUCCAACACUGACCUCCGUUUUCUUUCGUUUUUCUCUUUCCCGUAUUCACUGUGUUUUAUUUUGGGACUUCUCUGUUGCACUGACAGGCAUAUACUGGAUGUUAGCGGUGUUAAUGGCAACCUGCCACUGUAGGAGAUACUUGAAACAACAUGUAUAUUGAUAUUGUAAAAAAAAAAACAUACUAGAGUUGUAUUUCAUAUAAAACCACAGCAUAAACCUCCGAAGUUCAACUGGAAGUUUUAACUUGUACUUUCUUCCCCUCUUUUCUCCCCUCAUAGCUCCGUCUUUUAUGUUAGCUGCCCCUCACCCCCUCACCCCAGCCCCACCCCCUUGCAUAGACAUUAAAGCUCUUCUCACCUGUCCAUCUGUUGACCUCGCUCCGUCUCCCUCCAGGCCAGGUAAAACUGCGCAGGCCGAGCUGCUGCCCUGCUCAGUGAAGAGCAUUGACUUUAUUUUAUUUAUUUUUUUUGGACGUGUUCUUUUGCUUUYUUGUCACAGAUUGUGUUUGAUCUCGUUUCCCCUUCUUUAAGCCAAGAGAACAAAGCACGUUUUCUUUUGUAAGCAGUGGUUGUGGUCUUUUAGGACAAGGUUGUAGCCAUAAGCCUUCAAAGGAAGAAACUCUCUGGAGUUKUCUCUUCGAUUUGCUUCAGUUUUUAUUGCGUUCUUUGUCAUGGAGUGGAAAACAGUAUAUCUUUACAGUAAUGGUGUAAAACUUUAAAAAAAAAGUACUAUUAAAUAAAUAUUUUAUUUUUUACCAUUGUAUAAAUAUACAGUAUUGAUUAACUUAUGUACUUUAUUUGCAAGUUUUUUUUGAUCUCCCACAGAGUAAAUAAAAUUAAAAUGAGGAAAAACACUUUUUUUUCUGGGAAUUUAGAUUUAAUUUCUGAAGCUAUUGGUGUGUUUCUUUUUUUAUUAUUAUUUUAUCGUGACAUCCUUUGGGUUUUGUUGUGCUUCUUUUUUUCCUUUUUUUAAACUGUGUUUAAUUGCACAAUCAGGAGUGUUGUUUUGUUGACUGUUUUUCGUGUUUAGGUUUGAUUUCUCUCUCCCAUCAGUUCUGCCUCCCCUGUUCUCCAUCCUUCAUUACAAGUCAUAAGAAGUUGUGUAAGAAGAAGAAAAAAAAACACAGACUGUGGUUUUGGUGGAUAGUUUUGCCUUUUUUCUCUUGCGCUCAUCAGAAGAACUUAGCGUGUAUGGGUUCGUUUGGAAGACCAACAUAAACAAAAAAAAUGACAUUUUGAAUGAGUUAUGUCUGUCUUUUGCACUAAUUUAAUAAAGCCGUUACUGAAAGUUC